AUGGGUAUUGUUGUUCUUUUGGUUUAUGUUGAUGAUAUUGUGAUCACUGGUUUCGAUUCUGCUUUACUUGGUCAGCUCAAAACUCAUCUCUCCGAGUCCUUUCAUAUGAAAGAUCUUGGGUCUCUCACAUAUUUUCUUGGUCUUGAGGUGCAUCAUAGUCCCUCUGGUAUUUCCCUCAAUCAACAUAAGUAUGCGAGUGACUUGGUGGCUACAGCUGGUCUACAAGGGGCUACUUCUGUUGAUACUCCCAUGGAAUUAAAUGUCAAGCUUCGCAAAGAGGAGGGCGACUUACUUGCUGAUCCCAGUUUAUACAGGAAGUUGGUGGGUAGCCUUGUUUAUCUCACCAUUACUAGACCGGACAUUUCUUUUGUUGUACAGCAAGUCAGCCAGUUCCUUCAGACUCCUCGUCAUCUUCAUUUGGCUGCUGUUCGUAGGAUCAUACGCUAUGUUCAAGGCACUUCUACUCGUGGCUUGUUCUUCCCUGUAGGCAAUUCUACUCGCCUUGCUGCUUAUAGUGAUGCUGAUUGGGCUGGUUGUGCGGAUACCCGUCGCUCCAGCACUGGUUGGUGUGUGUUCUUAGGUGAUGCAUUGAUAUCUUGGAAAAGUAAGAAGCAAGACAGAGUCUCUAAGUCAUCUACGGAAUCUGAGUACCGGGCAAUGUCUCUUGCUUGUUCUGAAAUCAUUUGGCUUCGAGGUCCUUUUAAUACCUUUGCAGCACCAGUGCUGCAGGGAAUAAUGUUGAAGGAUGCAGCUCUGCCACCUCUCCAAUCCUAA